GAAGAUUAUGGUUAUGUUUUGUAUGUUUGGUUGUUAUCAGGUUGUUAUGGAAACAUCUCUUCAAAAAUAUAUACAAAUAUUAUAACAACUUACGUUUUAUUUGUUGUUUUCUUAAAUCUUACAAUAAAUAAGAUGCUGCGAGAUGACGAUAUAGAUUUAUUAGUAGGAAAAAAGUCUGCCCCUAAACAAGGCAGAAGAUCGGUUAAAAAUUUAGAAGAACCAGAAAUUGCUGAAGAAUUAUCUAAGGAUAUGGAUGACCUGCACAUAAGAGCUAGAAAAACGAGUUUGUGGAGUGAUGAACCACCUAAAUCAUCUAGAUCUGAGUCAUCUGGGCGGAAUAUGAUUGAACUGGAAAGGUUUCAAAAUGAAAUAAAACUUGAUGCAGAUGAUAUUCCAAUCAUCCCAGAUAUAGAAGAGAUUCAAGAUGACACGUUUAAAGAUGCUAAGUCCAUGUUAUCUAUGGAUGAAUCUGUUAAGGACUUGGAUAAACAAGUAAAUACUAUGAGAGUGGAUCCAAAUUUUAAAGGAGCUAAAUUUGGAGAUAUCGAUCUAUCUUUUUUAAUGAUUAACCUGUAUCCAGAAAAGGAUGUUCAAGAUUGUGAUGAAGUAUGGACAUUAGAAUCAUUAUAUAAGGAUCUUUCCAGAGAAAGGGAAAAAAAUUGAUACAUUUAAUUUCCUUUUGGCUUUUGUGUUAGGUAUUAUAUAACUGGAUCAAAUGUAAUUAUUUAAUUGCACAAAUGAUUGUAUUUAUAGUAUAUUAGAUUUUUAAAAUUCAAUGUCCCUGUACAUUGGAAUCUCAUGGAAUGAAGGAAUCACAUUUUCUUGCCUUAUGCUUCGCAGGUGGUGGUAUAUUAUAUGCAUGUGGUUGUAAUCCAGUCUUGAGGUAGUGCCCUAGUUUCGUAUACAUGAUUAGAAAAGCGUGUCAGGUCUUUUAGAGCAGUCAAUGAGGAUAUUUGGCUCCGAAUUCUAUCCUACUACAUCGAUUUACUUGAUAUUUUCACAGUAAGUGGGGAAUAGCUCGAGAAACAAAGUCUACCCUAUGCCGAUGUGUGCUUUUAUCUUGGGGUUUUUGGAAUUUUUGGUUAAAAUAUCCACGGAAGUGGUAAGAGAACCUUUUUUUUGAAAAAUGGCUUUGGCAGAGCCAAUUAGCCAGACUUGUUUGUGAUUGAUUGCAGAUUCAUAGUCAUAAGAGAACCUAAUUCUAAGCAAAAAUUGUUCUAUAAUUUUUUUUUGAAAACUCUGUAUUUUGUGAGUUAUUCGUGGUUGAAAAUUGGCCAUUUUCAUUGAAAAAUGACACCUUUGCGGACGGUUUUUUGCGAAUACCUUAAAAACUGUGCAUCUAACGAAAAAAGCUAUAUAAAAUAUUUUGUAGAGUAUAAAAAAACAAAAAGAUUCGUUCCUUCACAAAUCUUCUAGUUAUAAUACAAAAGAGCUAUGUGAGGUGAGAAGAGUUUAUUUUUUUGGUGCAUGCUCAAAUCGGAGUAUUAAACUUGAAAUAACAUAAAAACGGUCGAUUUUAGGUGUAGAAUGAUACGAAUACCUUUUGUGGUGCUUGAAAAGAUCUUUAAAAUGAGCAAUAUUAAAUGUCGAUUAGAUUCAAAAUAAGCGAGACAUGCUACAAAAAAAUUGAUGACUCAUGUAUUAAAACUCAGCAAUAAAAUUGCUGGUAAAUAAGUUUUCCCAAAAAUGGCCUAUUCUCCGAUAAAUCUGCCCAGACUAUGCUCAAAACAUCAAAUAACACAUAGUUCACAAUAAUUAUAGGCUGUUUUUUUCUUUUGUUGUUUUCUUUAAACAAUUAACCACUUGGCAACAGAUUUAUUAUUAUCAGGUCUUUUUGGAUAAAUACAAGGAAAAUAUCUUUCAAUAAGUCGUAAUGGAUAGAGAGCAUUCUUCAACUUCUAGGUGUUACUUUUCUGUAUUUUUUUAUUAUAGAUUUGACUAAAGUCCUCUGAAAGUCCAAUAAUGGAUUAUGUUCUCAUUUUGUAUAUUACUUACAUGGGAAUUCAGAACUGCUAAGUCUAGAAGAUGAAAAAACACUUUCUUAUACCAUUUCACUGUUUUCUUACAGUUUCUUUGGUACUCGGUAGCAUAUCUGUUUUGUCUACUCCUCCCAUAUUUUGAUUAUACUCAACAAUCUCCUCUGGUUCUGAAUUUGUUCACCUCUUCCAUUAGUCACAGUUUUUAUUUUAUUGCUGUGAAUUGUAGAUAACAUAUGGGCGUGUCUUUUAUAAUCUGUCUGUUUUAAAGCCAAUAAAGUUUUGUACCCCCGAUAGGGGCUUCACGACCUUGACGUUGGUUCGGGGGCUUAAGCUGACUGUUCAGAUAUGGCUGUAGUCUGGUGCAGGAAGUGGAUUAAGUAUGUGUGUACGAAUGCAUGGGAUCUCCCUAAUAAGAAGCUCUCCGAUGAAUGAAGGCACCCCCCAUAAACGGGCAAGGCCUGGUGAAUGGAAAGUAUGAAUCUCAUCUUAAACAGCUAUCUUCUUUGGUAACCUUUGAGUUGUCCGAAACAUACAGAAAUUGUAAGGUUUCUAAAAAAAUCUCUCACUGGACAUUAUUUGACCAAAUGCAGGAGUCUGAAUUGUGAAAUCUUUACCAAUAAUCCUUUGUUUUUUGUUUUUUAAAAUGAGAUAUUAGUAGAGAAACACCCAAAAACUGGUAGAUUUCAUCUGCACUUAGUUGGUGAUAUACAGAGUGUCCCUAAAAGAUUGGUCAUAAAUUAUACCACAGAUUCUGGGGUCAAAAAUAGGUUGAUUGAACCUCACUUACCUAUAUACAAUAGUGCACACAAAAAAGUUACAGCCCUUUGAAGUUACAAAAUGAAAAUCAAUUUUUUUUUUAUAUCGAAAACUCGAUUUUUCAUUGAAAAUGGACAUGAACAUUCUUAUGGCAGAACCAUCUUAAAUAAAAAUUAAAGUGAAAUUUGUGUACCCCAUAAAAAUUUUAUUUUAUUUUAUUUAUUUAUUAACGGGCCUUGCCCCCUUUUACUACAAUAAUUUACAGUUUAAAGACCUCAAUAGAAUUAGUCAAAUAAUUUAUUUAUUUAUCGUAUGGCAUAGAUACAACAAGAACACAUAAUUUAAAAAAAAAGUAUAUAAAACACUACAUGAAGUAUCACAAACGAACAUCUAAUGUAUUAAUAUACUGUAAAACAUUUUCGGUCGCAUUCAGGAACUCAUCGAAAACUCCAGGGUAUCGCCUUCGGGGGCAUUCCUCAAUAAUGUGGCGGAUGGUCUGCCGUUGCACACCACAAUCACACUCAGGAGUAAGGGCCUUUCCCCAUCUAUGCAAGCUGUCAGCACAUCUACCGGUCCCUGUCCUUAUUCUGUUCAGCGCCGUCCAUGUAUUGCGGGGCAGUUCAAAGCC